AUGUUCCGCAACAUACACCAUAAAUUUCCUUCAACCAGGAAGCGUGCUCAGCUUACAGCGAUUUGUGAUCAACACUACAAGGGACAUGCUGAGGGAGGCGGUGGUCAAGACAAUAGGGGACAUGCUGAGAGCGGCGGUGGUCAAGACAAUAGGGGACAUGCUGAGGACGGCGGUGGUCAAGACAAUAGGGGACAUGCUGAGGGCGGCGGUGGUCAAGACAAUAGGGGACAUGCUGAGGGCGGCGGUGGUCAAGACAAUAGGGGACAUGCUGAGGGCGGCGGUGGUCAAGACAAUAGGGGACAUGCUGAGGGCGGCGGUGGUCAAGACAAUAGGGGACAUGCUGAGGGCGGCGGUGGUCAAGACAAUAGGGGACAUGCUGAGGGCGGCGGUGGUCAAGACAAUAGGGGACAUGCUGAGGGCGGCGGUGGUCAAGACAAUAGGGGACAUGCUGAGGGCGGCGGUGGUCAAGACAAUAGGGGACAUGCUGAGGGCGGCGGUGGUCAAGACAAUAGGGGACAUGCUGAGGGCGGCGGUGGUCAAGACAAUAGGGGACAUGCUGAGGGCGGCGGUGGUCAAGACAAUAGGGGACAUGCUGAGGGCGGCGGUGGUCAAGACAAUAGGGGACAUGCUGAGGGCGGCAGUGGUCAAGACAACAAGGGACAUGCUGAGGGCGGCAGUCAAGACAAUAGGGGACAUGCUGAGGGCGGCGGCGGUCAAUACAUUAAGGGACAUGCUGAGGGCGGCCGUGGUCAAGACAAUAGGGGACAUGCUGAAUGCUGUAUCGCGCAUCAUGGCCGCACACGUGAGACAGCAUUUAUUCUCACUGAUUAUGCUGUAGCGUCGGGCGUGCUGGGGGCCACAAACCCUGACACUCGUGAGCUAAAACAUGAGCUUGACUUCACCUGA